GACUUCCCUCCCGUGGUCCCAAGUUCUGGCCCCCGGGCCCCCUGCAUGAGUGACGCUUCAGUCUGCCAUGGACCCUGGCCCUGCCCUGGCCUGGCUCCUGUUCCUGAGCCUGCUGGCUGAUUGUCUGAAAGCUGCUCAAUCACGAGACUUCACAGUGAAAGACAUUGUCUACCUCCAUCCUUCAACCACACCAUAUCCUGGUGGAUUUAAGUGUUUCACCUGUGAAAAGGCAGCAGACAAUUAUGAGUGCAACCGAUGGGCUCCAGACAUCUACUGUCCUCGAGAGACCAGAUACUGCUACACUCAGCAUACAAUGGAAGUCACGGGAAACAGCAUCUCUGUCACCAAACGCUGCGUUCCACUGGAGGAGUGCUUGUCGACUGGCUGCAGAGAUUCUGAGCAUGAAGGCCACAAGGUCUGCACUUCCUGUUGUGAAGGAAAUAUCUGUAACUUGCCACUCCCCCGAAAUGAAACUGAUGCCACAUUUGCCACAACAUCACCCAUAAAUCAGACAAAUGGGCACCCACACUGCAUGUCAGUGAUAGUGUCCUGCUUGUGGGUGUGGUUGGGACUCACAUUAUAGCAGCUGCGAGGCGCCAUGUAUAGUAGCAAUCCAUGGGGAUCGCCAUGGUCCAUGGUCAUGCAUGAGUCGUUGGCUUGACAAUAGUUACACGUGCGAAACCAUGACACUCACAGAUGUCUUCACAGCCAGGCAUUUCCACCUAUCAUGAGGAACAAGCAUUGCUUCAGGGUAGUCAUUUCAAGUCCAAGACCUCAUCAAAGCCAGCCUGCCCCCAAAACAGACCCUGAGUUUUAUACCACAGACCUUUCUUUUCACUCCAGGAAAUAGUUCUGCAUUUUUAUUGAGAUCUGAGGCUCUUAAUUUGGAAUACAUACAUGAGCCAUAGGAGGUUCUGGGACCCUCUGAGAUGUUAGACAGUAUGUUUAUAUGGACAUGCAUAGAUGUGUAUUCUUUAAGAGAAAGAAAGGUAAAGGACCACUGGUUUAAAUAUAAUCAUGAAUUUAUUUAUAGCUUUAGAAUUUUAAAACUUUGACUCCGAAAUGAAUGGACUGUUUCCUUGGAGAUUCUGACUGAGUCCCUGGAAAAGUAGUAAGCAGUUGUCCAAUUUAAUUUUCCCCACAUUCUUCUCCCAAUGGUGGGAAUCAUAUUCCCUCUGCUCUGUGCAGAAAAUAAAAGGCAAUCGUAAGUUUGUUGCAUAGGGGGAGGGGUAGCUGGAGAGGAUCUUUCCCAACUUAAUGGAACUGGCAUCCAUAAAGUAGCUGCAUAUCCUUUCAUUAUAAUUGGUGAGAUUGGCCUUGGUUGGGCACCUCAUUGUGCUCCAUGAGAUCCUGAAUUCUACCUGGGCCAAAGGGUAUCCAAAAAGUCCCAAAGCAGGAUAGAGUUUUCUCCACUCAUGGGGUUCUAUUCAGGCAUAGCUAAACUAGACAGAGAGAGGAUUUCAGAAUGCAAGGAAAGAGAUGUGUGGCGGUUGACCCAAGUUCACUGUGAGGGCCCGGUCAGUGGCUUAGCCAGAUCUCCCAUCUGCACUUCAUACUGCCAGAGAGCCCUCCCGGGUUCUUCCUCUUUCAAAUCCCCAGGGACUUAAAGGAUCGCAUUAUCUCAAGAUUGAUGGG